AUGGUGGGCCCGGGUGCCGGGAGGAGGGCGGAGCCCGGGAGCUGGGGUCUGGGAACGAUAACGGGCUUGGGCGCCGGGAACAAGACGAGAGGUGAAGGCCCACCGCCGGGACCCGGGGCAAUGGUGGGCUCGGGUGCCGGGAGGAGAGCGGAGCCCGUGAGCCGGCGUCCGGGAAUGAUAACGGGCCCGAGCACUGGGAACCGGACGAGAGGUGAAGGCCCACCGUUGGGAGCCGGGGCAAUGGUGGGCACGGGUGCCGGGAGCAGGGCGGAGCCGAGGUCCAGGAACGAUAAGUGCCCGGGCGCAGGGAACCGGACGAGAGGUGAAGGCCCGCCGAUGGGAGCCGGGGCAAUGGUGGGCCCGGGUGCCGAGAGGAGGGCGGAGCCCUAG